ACAAACAGAGUUUUCUCUUUGCCUGAGUUGAGCUAGUAUCCCAAAAGCUAAAGCUCACGGAAGACUUUACACUGUCCGUCAAAGUUUGAUAAGUUCACAGACAGAAUGGAGCAAAUAAAGUCGAUCAAGUGAAGAUUGACCUUGUCAUGUCAGAAUAUGAUGGGAUGGUUUAAUGUACUCCAAGUUUUUUAUAGUUACUAUUUUGCUGCUAAGCUGGAGAGGACAGUGCUGGGAGGGAGUGGCCUCUUCCUCCCAUCAGGAUAAUGCACACAUCCCCAAUGCUGAUCUCCGUAGCCACCAUGAGCAACAUGACGGUACUUGACACUGCUGAUCCCUAUGACCUUGAUGUGACCUCCUCUGAGGCCGUCUACCCCAUCAGCUUUCAGGUUUCUCUGACAGGUUUCCUGCUUUUGGAGAUAGUUUUGGGCUUGAGCUCAAACCUCACUGUGCUCAUCCUCUACUGUAUGAAACAGAACCUCAUCAGCUCUGUGUCCAACAUAAUCACCAUGAACCUGCAUGUGGUCGAUGUGUUGGUGUGUGUAGGCUGCAUCCCACUGACAGCAGUAGUGGUGUUACUUCCUUUGGAGGCGGACACGGCCAUGAUUUGCUGUUUCCAUGAGGCCUGCAUCUCCUUUGCAAGCGUAGCUACAGCUGCUAACGUCCUAGCCAUCACUGUGGACCGCUAUGACAUCUCAGUGCGGCCAGCAAACCGCGUGCUUACAAUGGGUCGAGCUGUAGCUUUACUAGGAUCCAUCUGGGCUCUAUCCUUUUUCAGUUUCCUGGUUCCCUUCAUGGAAGUAGGGUUUUUUAUCAACUCUGGUUCUGAGGUUUUGAACCAGACUGCAGUGGUCACCGUGGCUCAUACAAAUGAGUACUACACAGAGCUAGGUUUGUACUAUCACCUGCUAGCACAGAUCCCUAUAUUCUUUUUCACAGCUGUGGUAAUGCUAGUGACAUACUACAAGAUCCUUCAGGCACUGAAUAUUCGCAUUGGUACACGCUUUCAGCACAAUCUACCUAAAAAGAAGCAAAAGAGCAAAAACACCAUCUCUUUGAGCACUGGAACGCAAGCAGAAUCGACUGAUGCUUCACAGAGCAGCACAGGAGUCAGGGCAGGUGGGAACGCACCUUUGGGCAUGCGGGCUUCAGUGUCAGUCAUUAUUGCAUUAAGACGAGCAGUAAAGCGACAUCGGGAGAGACGGGAAAGGCAGAAACGAGUCUUCAGAAUGUCUCUUCUCAUUAUCUCCACAUUUCUACUUUGCUGGACUCCAAUAACUGUGCUCAACACCAUCAUCCUCAGCACUGGGCCCAGUGAUUUAACGGUUCGCCUCCGUUUGGGCUUCCUGGUGAUGGCCUAUGGAACCACUAUCUUUCACCCACUCCUCUAUGCCUUCACUCGGCAGAAGUUCCAAAAGGUUUUGAAAAGCAAGAUGAAAAAGAGGGUGGUGUCUGUAGUAGAAGCUGACCCUACGCCAAACAACGUGGUCAUCCACAACUCGUGGAUUGACCCCAGAAGAAACAAGAAGGUCACCUUCGAGGACACAGAAGCCAGACAAAAAUGUCUAUGCUCACAUGAUGCCGAGUAAUGGGAUUAACUCAAAUGUAAAUAUGUCAAAUAUGUACAGUAAAUGGGAAGUCGUUACACUCUACUCAUAAAAGUGAAGUAGACUAUGGCACAAGAAUUUUACAAACUGGUUACUUAGAGAGAGAAGAGAUUGCUUUUAAUGCAAAUAGAGAGGUGGAAAGUAUUUGAAAAAAAGCAUGGAAGAAAUGUGACUAUGAUGGGGAAACAUACUACAGUCAACAAACUAAAAAGAUGUGUGCUUAAUAAUACAUAGGUGUCAUAGGCAUACAAAGAGGGUAAUUUAUUGCUAUUUAUUGUGGAAUGUUGUGGAAUGCUAUCAAGGACAAUUUGGUAAGUCUGUAUCUAAGCAGCAGUGUGUAUUGUUCACGUAAGAUGUACACUCAUAUAGUCAAUACUUUGAUA